CCGCCUUCUCCGGGUUGCCUGCCGCGCAGGCGCAGAAGCUCUAGUGUGUGGAAGCUGCGGCCCGGCGGGCGGGUAAAUAACAGAUGCGGGUAAAAGAUCCCUCAAAAGACUUACCUGAGAAAGGCAAAAGAAAUAAAAGACCGUUGCUACCUCAUGACGAAGAUUCUUCAGAUGACAUUGCUGUAGGUUUAACAUGCCAGCACAUCAGUUAUGCUGUCAGUGUGAAUCAUGUGAAGAAGGCAAUAGCUGAGAAUCUGUGGUCAGUUUGUUCAGAGUGCUUGAAAGAGAGAAGAUUCUGUGAUGGACAGCCAGUACUUCCCUCCGAUGUUUGGUUGUGCCUCAAGUGUGGUUUUCAGGGAUGUGGUAAAAAUUCAGAAAGCCAGCAUUCGCUGAGACACUUCAAGAGCUCUGGGACUGAGUCCCAUUGUGUUGUCAUUAGCUUGAGUACGUGGACCAUAUGGUGUUAUGAAUGUAACGAAAAAUUAUUGACACAGUGUAACAAGAAGGUUUUGGCUCAGAUAGUUGACUUUCUCCAGAAACAUGUUUCUAAAACACAAACAGGUGCAUUUUCAAGACUCAUAAAACUUUGUGAAGAAAAGCGUGAAACAGGUGAAAUAAAGAAGGGAAAAAAGGGCAGCUGUGUGCCAUCUGUGAAAGGAAUUACAAAUCUAGGAAAUACUUGCUUUUUCAAUGCAGUCAUUCAGAACUUGGCCCAGACUCACAUUCUCUUUGAACUGAUGAAUGAGAUAAAAGAAGACGGCACAAAACUCAAGAUUUCGCUUUCGUCAGCUCCACAGCUGGAUCCAUUAGUGGUGGAACUUUCAAGCCCUGGACCAUUGACUUCAGCCUUGUUCCUGUUUCUUCACAGCAUGAAAGAGGCUGAAAAAGGACCACUUUCUCCUAAAGUUCUUUUCAAUCAACUUUGCCAGAAGGCUCCUCGGUUUAAAGGUUUCCAGCAACAGGACAGCCAGGAGCUUUUGCACCAUUUGUUGGAUGCGGUGAGGACAGAGGAGACAAAGAGGAUACAAGCUAGCAUUCUGAAAGCAUUUAAUAACCCAACUCCUAAGACUGCUGAUGAUGAAACUAGAAAAAAAGUCAAAGCCUAUGGUAAAGAAGGCGUGAAGAUGAACUUCAUAGAUCGGAUCUUUAUUGGUGAAUUGACUAGCACAGUUAUGUGUGAAGAAUGUGCAAAUAUCUCCACUAUGAAGGAUCCCUUCAUUGAUAUUUCACUUCCUAUUAUAGAAGAAAGGGUUUCAAAACCUGUACUUUUGGGAAAAAUGAAUAAAUGCCGAAGUUUACAGGAGACAGACCGAGAUCAUAACAAUGCCACCGUUGCUGUAGAAAAUACCCAUCAACCCAGAGCUGCCAAGAUGCAUUCCUCACCUAAAGAUAAGAAUCAACUAAGUCAUGACCGAAAACCCUUAAGAAAAUUAAUAUCUGGAGAAGAGAAAACUGGUGUUAUGCAUCAGAAGAACGAAAACUUUGACGGGAGCGGGUUUGCCAGCGUCAUGAGUACCGAGUCAUCAGUGAACGAGAGCCCCACCGACGGCAGUGAGAAAGAAGGCAGCCUUUGUGAAAGCAGUGUGGACGCCGACAGUGAAGCUUCUGAGUCCGAGAGCGCUUCCAAGCGAACUGUGCUGCUCCGAUCCAGCGGCGAUUCCUGGGGGCACACGGAGCAGCACCUCCCCCUCGCCUUGGCAAGUGAACUGCCACACAGCGCAGAGACUCCCAGUGGGGAUGCAGACGUGGCUGAGGCAAUUGCUGGACUUCGUCUGGGCAGCGCUGUAAUUGGAAAUAGAGACGGUGACAGGGAAAAACAGCCACUCGAUGUCCCCAGUAACUUGUGUUUUUCAGAGGGAAGACAUAUGAGGUUUCAUAGUGCCCAAAAUGCUUUCCAGACUCUUUCUCAGAGCUAUGUAACUACUUCUAAAGAAUGCUCAGUGCAGUCCUGUCUCUACCAGUUCACAUCCAUGGAGUUGCUGAUGGGCAACAAUAAGCUUCUCUGUGAGGACUGUACUGAAAAGAAGCAGAAGUGUCAAAAGGAAACCAGUUCUGCAGAAAAGAAAGCAGGAGGAGUUUAUACUAAUGCCAGGAAGCAACUCCUUAUAUCUGCUGUUCCAGCUAUCCUAAUUCUUCAUCUUAAAAGAUUCCACCAGGCUGGCUUGAGUCUCCGUAAAGUGAACAGACACGUAGACUUUCCGCUUACCCUUGACUUAGCACCAUUCUGUGCUGCUUCCUGUAAGAAUAUAAGUGUGGGAGAGAAGGUUCUCUACGCUCUCUAUGGUAUCGUGGAACACAGUGGCUCAAUGAGAGGAGGCCAUUACACUGCGUACGUGAAAGUGAGAGUACCCUCCAGGGAGCUAUCAGAGUCCAUGACUGCAAGGAAACCUGUACCAGGUUUGAAAGAACCUGAUAGUGAAUUGGGAGGCCACUGGGUCCAUGUCAGCGACACUUACGUGCAGGUGGUUCCAGAAUCAAGAGCACUUAGUGCACAAGCUUAUCUUCUUUUUUAUGAAAGAAUAUUAUAAUUAUCUAUUAACUGUUAAUUAGCUCAUGUUUAUUUUAAUGCUGUAAUGGUAACCAUAAUAUGUAAUGUGCCUUUGUAGUCUUUAGGAAUAGUGCAUCCUUCCAGUGUUAUUUUACUUUUUCAUCAUAUGGUGAAUCCUUUAAAAAGAAAUUAAUACACCAGGCUGUUGGGGCACACGCCUUAACAAUCCCAGCACUCAAGUGGCAGAGGCAGGUAGAUAUAUGAGUUUGAGUCCAGCCUGGUCUACAGAGUGGCUUGCAGUAUAACCAGAGCUACAUAGAGAAACUCUGUCUCAAAAAAUAAGACAAAACAAAUUAAUUAGUUAAUGCUUUCAGAUCUAUAUUCUUAAAUGCAAAAAUAUGUUUCAUAUUAAUUGUCAUGUCCUUGGAGAUCCCUUUCUCAAAAAAUACUCUUUUUGAUAGUAGUAGAGAAGUCACCUUUAUGAUAUGACUCAUCAUUACAGACAUUCAGAGAUGGUGGUAAAUUGAAUCAUAUUUUAAUAUACUGUUUCCUAAAUGUAAUACAGCUUUCCUGAGUGCAUGUAAUAUAUCUUGUGUUAUAAUUGACUUACUUUUUGUUGUAGCCUUUUAAAAUCUUGGCCCUGUUUUGAAUCGUACUUAACAUUUUUUAUGUGCUUGUUAUUUUUCUAGUGAAGAAUUGAAGUGAGUUUAUAACUGUUGUUAUAAAGUAAGUUGUUCAUCCUUGUACCACUCCACUUAAAAUCAUCUCAGGGCUUUGCAGUGGUGUGUGUGCUACUGUACAGGAAAUGUUGCUAGAACAGGCUGAACUAGUGCCUAAUGUAACAUAAUUAUUUUUCAUAUUUUAUGUGAUUCGGUCAUGUAAAAAGGAGCCACUGUCAUUUUGGUAGUGUGAGUUUACAACUAGUGUAUUGAUUAGCUUAUUGUUUAGUGUAUUUCAAAAUAUUGAAACAUUUCAUAAUCAUUUGCAGCCUGUUAAAGAUAAUUUGUAAGUGACUGGCGAAAACCAAAAUAAAAAUGUAGGUAAUUGUAACACGCAGAAACAGUAAAUAGAAGUUGAUAAUCCAUAUAGGAACAUAGAAUUUAAAGUUUAAGGAUAUCUCUGAACUAUAAAUUAACAAAUUAUAUUUAUAAAUGAUAAAAAAUCAUAUUCUUAUCAGUAACAAGGGAAUAUAAUACAUUUUCUACUUCUAUACUUUGGUAAAUAUUAAACAGGGUGUUGUCUUCUGAAGCAUCAUUUAAAAGUUCAGGUGGGUAGCGGGGAGUGUAGUUCUGUGGCUGAGCACUCACCUAGACUGUGCCAGACCCCGGUUCCAUCCCCAGCAACACAAAUCAAAAAUUUGGGUGGGCUUGGCUUUUACUUUAAUGGGGCACAGGGUUGGUACUUCAAAUGACUAAGGAGUAACACAGAAUAGUUUCCCCUUCUAGAAUUCAGAUGAUUAAACUGUGAAACUUAGCAUGAGAAAUAUUACUACCCAGAAUUUAAAUAAUCACUGAGGUGGUUCACUGACACAUGGUAUUGAAUGAAAAUGUAAGGGAAUGGUUCGAUAUCCUAAUCAUCAGUGCUAGUGUGUGAUACUGUGGACAGAUGUCGGGGAGAGAGGCUGUAAAUUGUGCAGACCUUUCGCCAGACAUGGUGACAUUCUGAAGUCAUCAGUGUUGCCUCUUGAUAUGUGGAUGGGCGAAACUGUGAUUUGUCUAAUGCAGAAAUUUUAAAAUACCAUUGUAUUAAUAAAUUCUAUUUUUAAGUUGUGGAGGAAAUUUCAAUGAUGAUUCUAUUGAUUUUUCAUAUUAAGAUGAAGAGUUAUAUUUUAUCUGCAGAGCUCAGUUGUGUCCUCUAAAGAGAACUUUUCAGUGUUUCCAUUUUCAUCAAAAAUCAUUGACAUGGAAUAUUCUAGCACCAGAACAAUGAGUUAGAAAAAUAAUUUAUUUGUUCAAGUUGAUAUCUUGGUCAUAACAAUUGCUUCCCCAUGCCCUCUAACUGUAAAUAGUUACCUUUUUUCUCCUAGAAAAUAUACUUUUAAGAAAUAUAUGGCAGGGAGGGGAGGGAUAUACUGUGAUGGUGAUAUAAUAGAUGAGAGAAUAAUUAAAAAAAAAAAUAGCUGGGUGAUAGUGACACAAACUUUUAAUCCCAGCACUCAGGAGGCAGAGGCAGGCAGAUCUCUUGGGUUCAAGGCCAGCCUGGUCUACAAAGUAAGUUCCAGGACAAGAGAAAUCCUGUCUUGAGAGACAGGAGAGAGAGAGAGAGAGAGAGAGAGAGAGAGAGAGAGAGAGAGAUCUAGGCAGGUACUCAUACCUAGCAUAUAACAGUAUUUUAUCACAAUUUAAAAUAGGAAAACCUAAAAGCUGUGUGAUUUUACACAUUAUUCUAGCAGUGACAUGCAAAUAAAAUACUUUUAUUUAUAACUUAGUGCUAAUUGAGGAGAUUCUGAAGUGUAUUUUUUUAUGCUCUAAGCUUAUAGUAUUUCUCUUGCCAUCUAAAAAUGGAGGAAAAUGGUUUGAUUUUGAUACCUAGAAAUUUCUUAUCUAGAUUUUGUAAUAGAGAAAGAUCAUUCAAGUCUACACUUAAAGUUAUGUUUUUAUUUUGAAGUUUUCCAAAGCACAUUUGCAGGAAUUUUAAAUUGUGAGACUUCUGUAAUAACAAUAAGUUUCCAGAUACCUCGGGAAACAGUGCAAAUAAACAAGAAUGUUUACAGAUCAACACAACUACAUACUGUUUGGCACAGUAAAUUUGAAAGGUAAAAGAGGGAGGCUUUUGUCUAGAAACUGGUUCACAGGGUACCUCUGGCCCCAAUUCUCCCCUGGUUCUUCUGUUUGUAAAACGAUAAAAUUUUCAUGAUGUGCCAAUUAUGGGAAUGUGACAUAGAUAAAUAUACAUCUAUACUUAAGAUAUGUUGUUUAAUGUUUUAAAAAUUAUAUAAAGACCACCUAUUUAAGUGGUCAAGGAAGUGAUUGUUAUUAUCAGCUCAGAGUAAUAUAUCAACAAAGCUAAAUUACUGUAUUUAAAAACUUUUAGCUUGCAUGUGUGAUUAAUUAGUGAUUUUAUGCAAUAGUUGAAUACAAUUUCCUGAAGAUUUAGCUGUGAAAUAUCACCACACAUUGAAUUUUUGUUGUACAAAAUAACAUCCUGCCUACUUUCAUGAACUUCAUACUCAGCUUAUUUUUCUGCAUGACAUCUGAUCAAAUAAACCUAAACCAAAUAUGUGCAAUAAAAUCAAGCUAUUAGAUAGCAUCCAUUGCAUUAUUGGAGAAAUGAUUUCUGUAGUAAAAUGUUUUUCUUAAUGUAGAAAUCAUCAAAAAUUCAAAUGUGUUUCAAAGAUACAUGACUAUUUUCAAGUAUCAAUAAUAAACUCAUGGUAUCACUUCUACUCAUCCAUUUUUAUAGUAUUUUAAAAUAUCUGUGUAACUUAUUGAGCAUCAUUUUGUCAUUGCUGUAUAUAUAAACAUCAUAAUAGAUAUUUAAUAAACAUUAAAUUUUUAUGUUAA